UGUAUGCAGACGAGCACAUGUCAUUAAAUAAUGCCUCAUUUGCAUAUUUAAACAUAAAUAUUUUGAAAAGUUGUAAUACAUUUUUUUCCAAUGAUCAAUGCAAUCAACAAGCUUAGUAUGUAAGGUGAUAACAAUUAGUACAUUUUACCCGAUACAUGUAUAAGUAAAAUAACACACUCACACACACACACACACGUACACACGUUGUUGUCUGGCUAGCACUUCCUUGAAACUCUUCAGAGUGCAUCACUUUAUUUGAGGCACUGGAAAGAAGAAUCAUGCCACUUACACCUUUUACAAUCUUUAUUUUGAUUUGUGGAUUUUAUUCCAGAUUUCAUGCCAUCGAUUCACCAAUUCAAACCACUCAGAUUCAGAAUGAAGUUCUCAGAGUUGUGCGUGGAUCUGACGUGUCUUUGCGAUGUGACGUUCCUCUCCUGUCUAAUUCCUCCACUUUACACUGGGAGAAAGAUGGAGAACAAACACCCAACAGCACUCUGAUGUACAACACCUCUGCCUACAUCAUCUUACACACCGUUGAUGAACGCAGUGAAGGGAAAUAUUACUGUAGAUUGAUGCAAGAUGGAAGCGUACGAACUGUUAGGAUUCACACACUUAAUGUUACUCCAUAUUCAGAUGGAAAAAGUCAAAGUCAAACCAUUUCCAUUCAAAGCCCCAGUCAUAGCUCCAGUAAUACCAAUGUAUCACUGAUCUGCAAGUCUGCAACGGAGUCUCCUGAUGGUGUGUUGAGGAUUCAGUCAGUGGAUCUUACCUGUGAAGUUUCUGAAGUAAAUGAUUCAGUGACGCUGGUCUGGCUCAGGAUGGAGGGGAACAGAGGAGUGCUGGUCAAACAGCAAACUAUGACUGAGAAAAACACCAUGUUACGUCUCACAGUGAAUCUAUCCAACUCUAAAACAGACCCGCUGCACUGGCAGUGUGCAGUUUUUACUAAGAAUACACUCAGAGCUCUGGUCCCUAUAACAAUCAAUUGUACCUCAUCAAAUACAACUGCUCCAACAGAAAGCUCAGCUGUAACAAACGAAGUAAUCCAAAAAGUGUUUUGCUGUGUUUUGACUCUAUCUAUUGGGAUGUUGCUUGGAGCUCUAUUCAAUUACUGCUACAGGAAACGAAAGUCAGUGCACUCUGGCCCUCAGGAAUCUGAACCAGUCUAUAUGAAUAUCAACCAUAUGGGACAUGAAAGAGGAAAAGGAAGCAUGAAUAAAAGAGAGGAGACACCGGAUACAUCAGACAGUUUGACCUACGCAACCAUUGUUUUCAACAAGUCCAGGUUUCAGACUUAAAAUAUAACUCCAGUCUAUAAUGAAACCCUAAGACACAAUUUCAUAUAUUUAUUAUUAUUUUAUAUAAUAUUUUUAUAUAUGAACUGCAAACCAAUAUCUCACAGAGAAAGAAUAAACAUUUUCAUUAUUAAACAUUGUCUGGUCACAAAAGAUAUAAUCUGAGAAUGCAUUUCGAGAUUCUCAGACCUACAGUAACUGCGUUCAUUAAACCACCAGCUCAAAUAUUAAUCCUACUGACUGAAACUGGAUAAUUGCAUCCUUUUAUUAAUGUUGUUUUAACCACAUUUGUAAAAGCAUCAAUAGGCAGCCAAAUAUUAUCAUGAUUUUGCAUUUGUUAUAUUAUAGGUUCCUUCAUAUAUGUGCAUGCAUGCUGUUGAAAUGGCCAUUUGAUGGCACUGUUUGAAAAAAAUUCUUGAAUAAUAAUAAUAAAGUGUAAGUAC